GGUACCUCAAGAAACGGGCGGCUCUGCUGGGCAUUAGCAGUACACAGCACAACGCACCUGCACUUGCACUUUGAUCGUCAACAACCUCGCCAGGUCCCGCUCCUAUUUUUCCCUCCCCUUUCACCAAACCCAUAGGGACAAGGUGAAAAAAAAAUUCCUCUCACUACCCUUCGACUCACUCACUCUUACACUCUCACACACACUCCUCUGUCUGUUGUUGUUGCGUCCAGCUUUUCUUUCCGGUACGCCCUCUAAUUCUCUCCAGACAAGACCUCGUCUUUUUAAUACAAUACGGACUCCAGGGCGAUCCUACCUCUCUCUACCCACCGGUCGCUUUUUCUCUCUCACAAACCCUAUCCUCUCUUCCUUCCUCUCUCUUUCUCUCUCAUACACACCACUCUCGACCUCUCACUCGCUGCCGACUGCCGACGGACCCCCCCCUGGCACCCGUCUUACUGCGCCAACUUUGAACCCGUCGUCUAGACCGCCAUCGCCGCACAAGCAACCGCAACCGCCCACCCCGCGUCUUCCACCCCUCUGGCCUACUGCUGCUUUGACCUCAGGUGCAGUGUGCCUCGAACCCUUCCCUCCCACCUGACACGUGCAACCUGCCAACGAGCCCCCCCCUUCCGAACAACACCUCCAAACAUCGGCACUGGCUCAGCCUUACCUUCUUCAUACCACCACAUUUUGAGCGGCAAACAUGUCGAGCUCAGAGAUCAACCAGGUUUUGGCCAAUUCGCUGUCGCCUGACGCGAACUUGCGCAACGCUGCCGAGCAGCAACUCACACAAGCCGCCGACAACAACUUUCCCCUAUACCUCGCAACCCUCGUCCAAGAGCUUGCAAACGACAGCGCAGAUGGCUCCAUCCGUGCCGCCGCUGGUCUCGCUCUCAAGAACGCCUUCACCGCCCGUGACUUCGCCCGCCACCAGGAGCUUCAGGCAAAAUGGCUCCAGCAGACUGAUGACGAGACCAAGACCCGGGUCAAGGACCUGACACUUCAGACCCUCUCCUCAUCCAACGCCCAGGCCGGCCAGGCUGCCGCCCAGGUCAUCUCCUCUAUCGCAUCCAUCGAGCUGCCGAGAGGCCAGUGGCAGGACCUUAUGGGCACUCUCGUCAAGAACGUCAGCGAGGGUGGCGAGCACCAGAAGCAGGCCUCGUUGACCACGAUCGGUUACAUUUGCGAGAGCCAAGAUCCGGACCUGCGGACCGCCCUCAUCACCCACUCCAACGCCAUCUUGACCGCCGUCGUCCAGGGUGCACGCAAGGAGGAAACGAGCCUCGAGGUUCGCCUGGCCGCCAUCACGGCCCUCGGUGACUCCCUCGAGUUCGUCGGUAACAACUUCAAGCACGAGGGCGAGCGCAACUACAUCAUGCAGGUCGUCUGCGAGGCCACACAGGCCGAUGACUCCCGGAUACAGCAGGGCGCCUUCGGAUGCCUCAACCGCAUCAUGGGUCUCUACUACGACAACAUGCGCUUCUACAUGGAGAAGGCCUUGUUCGGCCUGACCAUUUUGGGCAUGAAGUCCUCGGACGAGGACGUUGCUAAGCUGGCCGUUGAGUUCUGGAGCACCGUCUGCGAGGAGGAGAUCGGUAUUGAGGACGACAACACUCAGGUUGAGAGCGCCGACCAGAUGCGACCCUUCUACAACUUCGCUCGUGUGGCUGCCAACGAGGUUGUACCCGUUCUCCUUCUGCUCCUUACGAAGCAGGACGAGGAUGCCGCCGAUGACGAGUACAACCUGGCCCGUGCCGCCUACCAGUGUCUCGCUCUCUACGCCCAGGCUAUUGGUGCCGCUAUCAUUAGCCCCGUCCUCCAGUUUGUUGAGGGCAACCUGCGUGCCGAAGACUGGCACCACCGUGAUGCCGCCGUUUCUGCGUUUGGCGCCAUCAUGGACGGCCCCGAUGAGAAGGUCCUCGACCCCAUCGUUAAGCAGGCUCUUCCUAUCCUGAUCGGCAUGAUGGACGACAGCUCCUUGCACGUCAAGGACUCGACCGCCUAUGCCCUUGGUCGCAUCACCGAGAGCGUGUCCGACAGCAUUGAUCCCAACCAGCACCUGGACCCUCUCAUCCGAUCCCUAUUCAACGGCUUGAUGAGCAACGCCAAGAUAGCAUCAUCGUGCUGCUGGGCGCUCAUGAACUUGGCUGAGCGCUUCUCCGGCGACCUCAGCGACGCCCAGAACCCUCUGACCCCCCACUUCAACCAGAGCGUCACCAACUUGCUCGCCCUGACGGCCCGCCCCGAUUGCGACUCCUACGUCCGUACCGCCGCCUACGAAGUCCUCAAUGUCUUUGUCCAGAACGCCGCCAGCGAGAGCAUGGCGCCCAUCGCUUCCUUGUCCGGCGUCAUCAUUGAGCGUCUCGAGGGCACCGUCCCGAUGCAGAGCCAGGUUGUCAGUGUCGAGGACAGAAUCAUGCUGGAGGAGAUGCAGACCAGCCUGUGCACAGUGCUUCAGGCCAUUAUCCAGAGACUGGACAAGGAGAUCAUCCCCCAGGGCGACCGCAUCAUGCAGACUCUUCUCCAGAUCCUCAGCACCGUCGGCAGCAAGUCCAGCGUGCCCGACGGCGUUUUCGCCACCAUCAGCGCCCUUGCCAACGCCAUGGAAGAGGACUUCUCCAAGUACAUGGAGGCAUUCACCCCCUUCUUGUACAACGCCCUCUCCAACCAGGAAGAGCCCAGCUUGUGCUCCAUGGCCAUCGGUCUCGUUAGUGACCUGACCCGAUCCCUUGGCGAGCGCAGCCAGCCGUACUGCGACAACUUCAUGAACCAUCUGCUGCACAACCUCAAGAGCACCGCCCUGAGCAACCAGUUCAAGCCGGCCAUCCUGCAGUGCUUCGGUGACAUUGCUGGCGCCAUUGGCGGCCACUUCGAGACGUACCUGUCCGUCAUUGCUCAAGUUUUGCAGCAGGCCGCGACCGUGAACGCCGGUCCCGAGGGCCCGUACGAGAUGUACGACUACGUCAUCUCUCUUCGCGAGGGAAUCAUGGACGCCUGGGGUGGCAUUAUUGGUGCUAUGAAGUCCGGCAACAAGACCCCUGCUCUCCAGCAGUACGUUCCUUCGAUUUUCCAGCUUUUGAACAUGAUUGCCAGCGACAUGAACCGUAGCGAGGCUCUCAUGAGAGCAUCGAUGGGUGUCAUCGGUGACCUCGCCGAUGCCUACCCCAACGGCGAGCUCGUCGACGUCUUUCGCCAGGAGUGGCUCACCGCUCUCAUUAAGGAGACGAAGACCAACCGCGAGUUUCAGCCCAGGACGAUCGAGACGGCCCGCUGGGCGCGUGAGCAGGUCAAGCGUCAGCUUGGCGGCUCUGCGAACGUCAUGUCGCAGACUUGAGUGUCUCGACCAACCGACGCUGCUUUUCGGCUUGUUUGAUUAUCUACACCCACACCCAUUCCCCCAAGCCCAGCACAUAUCCUGGAGCAGCCGGCUUCAACUUGUCCAAGCCCGGCUCUGCGUCAAAACGAGGAGAGAGAACAGCCAAACACCCAACUCUUGCCACAACACAGUAUUGAAAAUGACACGGAGCCCUCUCGCGUGUAUAUAGACACCAACAACGCACCACCUCACCCCUCACUCCCAGGAUUAAUUUCACCAAAUACCCCUUGCAAGCACAUCACACCACAUCAUGACACUGCACCUGAUUUAACUUAUCCCCCCCCCCCCAAACCAACACAUCAACAACCCCUACCCCCUUUGGCUGUAUCUUCUGGACUGUUUUUUUUUCGCGCAAUGGACGGCUGGCUAGAGAGAGGAGGCGGGAGUUCUCAUUGGCAUGUACGCCUCGCAUAGAAAGCGCGGUGGCGACCCAAAAAUCAUGUAGAAGGAGUUUCCCCCAGAAGGAACCGGGAGUUUGCCAUUUUUAUCUUUCCGACGGGGAAAUGAGAACAAUGAGAGACGGGGAAACGAACAAUGUCAACACCAACUUCGGAGUCGGCCGCAUUCUUUCUUGGGAGAAGCGAACCCAGUCAAGUGAUUGGGGUCCAUCAGGAAAGGAGGAGUUGAACUCUCUCAACUGUGAGAGGUGUUUCUCUAGGCCAUACUUGAAUGCGAUUUCGUCGGGGUGUCUUUUCAUCGGAAUUGAUGCUUUCGCGCUGUGUGGAUGGGGCUGGAGAAGAGGAAGCGCCUUUGCGGAAUGGGCUGCUGAUUCGAAGAGUGUUGGUGGAUGCAGUUGACACGGAGAAAGAAAGAAACCAGCAGAGGAAGACAAAGGCGGCGCAUAGCAGGGUGCUUUGAUGGGACCAAGUGGUUUCUGUCUAGCACUUGCUCGAUAGUCACAGGAGAGAGAGCGUACAAUGAAUUUUGCCCCCUUCAUGCUGUGGACCUUUUGACCUUUUGGUGACCGUUCGCUGUGAGCAGAGAUGAGAGUGGU